AGCUGGUUGUAUUUUGUGAAAAAUUAGCAUCUAUUGUAAUGUAAUAAAAAUUCUUGGUUUAUACCAUUGCCGCAGUUAGUUGUGCGUGUUGGUCGAAUGUUGAGAGACUAGAUUCGUUUGAAGCAGUUGUAGUUGUUGUUAAAGCACAAUGUUUACUUUUCGAUCAGGAUCGAUAUAUUCAGGUAGAACGUAAUCAAAACAGCACAACGAGAGUGUGCGAAGUAUGUUAUUGUCAAUCGAUAUUCUAAUAAAAAUCAGUAAUUUAAAGUUAAAAAGUUCACGCGUUCUGGUAAACAAAAACAGUAGUGAGUAAUUUAGAGUUUAAAGUGCUGUACGAUGCUUUGCUACGAAGGUAAGCUAAGCCUGUACUGCUUCGCCAGUUCAGUUUUCAGCCUUGCGUUAUUGUGGAUCUUUUUCGAUUUGGGUGUGUUUGCCGGAGAGGUACAAUUCUGGGUCAAAGUCGGUUUUCUCGGUGCCUACUAUUUGGUGCUGAACGUGAUCAUCCGGUUGAAAUUCAACACCAAAGACUAUCAGAUUGCAGUUCGAGCAACGUUCUUGGGAGCGGUUUUCGCAUUGGGGGUCAUCAUCUUCCAAAACUGUGACGAUGAGUACAAAUCGUUCGGGGUGUACGUCACGCUGAUGUCGGUAUUUCAUUAUUCGGAAUAUCUCGGUAUAGCGUUCUGUAAUCCGAAAACGCUGUCGCCAGAUUCGUUCAUCCUGAAUCAUUCGAUUCACUAUGCCCUGGCGGCGACGGCCAGCUGGGUGGAGUACUUCGUCGAGGUAUACUUUUUCCCUGAAAUCAAAACCUACCGACUGUUGUGGUUAAUUGGCUUGGUGCUUUGUUUCACUGGAGAAAUCCUGCGUAAACUAGCCAUGAUCACGGCGAGUAACAAUUUCAGUCACAUUGUUCAGUUCGAGCGCCAUCAGGGCCACGAGCUGGUAACUCACGGUGUGUUCAGUCUAAUGAGGCAUCCUUCGUACGUGGGAUGGUUCUGGUGGUCAAUCGGGACGCAGGUCGUCAUGGCGAACCCAGUUUGCUUCAUCAUCUACACCCUCGCUAGCUGGAAGUUCUUCCACGAUCGGAUUUUCAUGGAGGAAAUCACGUUGCUGAAUUUCUUCGGCGAGGAUUACUACAAGUACCAGCAACGGGUGCCCACGGGACUGCCAUUCAUUAGAGGCUUCAAGGUGGACCUGUGAUGUUUGGAGAACGAUCAUCCUCGUGAAGGGAACGGGGACGAAGGGGAUAGGAACGAACAGGAUCUGCCAUUGCCUGAUGAGACUGACCAAUGGGCAACGAGCAGCGGUGGUGGAGGAAAGCGAAGGAAUGAAAGUAUGAGGAUCACGUUGAAGGACAGUGACCAGGAGGAGGAGGAGGAGGACGAGGAUGAUCGUAGGAAUAUGACCGGGAGUUUUUACCACGGUCGCAAUCGACGCUAUUCCGGUAGCUAUGACAAUGUGUACGAGGAGUCGACGGUGGUUUAAAGGGUAAAGGGAGAGUGAUAGUGGAGUGUGUUAGGACUUUUUUUUUCUAUUGAUUCGAUUGUUUUUUUUUAUACUCACACAUUUUUGUUCCGUACUGCUGAUUGGUUGAAUAAUUUUCAACUUUAAAGUCGAAAAAGCACAGUUGUCGAAUAAGGAAAACUAUAGUCAUUAGAUUAGGGAGCUGUGAAAAUUGUAAAUUUAUUAUCUGUCUCGAAAAUAUUUUCUUUCGGCGAUUGAGGUUGGCAUGCACUUAGCAGUGAAUGUUUUCUCUUCGGUGCAUACCACCCUAAAUUGCGAA